UAACGUUAAGAAGGACAGCGUUAGCUUCCGCUGUGCUAACUACAACAAAGAUGACAAUAAAAGCAGAUUAAAGGAUUAAAGAACAAGUUUAAACGAGUGACGGUGAACCGGUUCUCAGCGCGUCACCUGCUGGUUCUCACGGACUCCGCGUUCCGGAGGAUUUACUGCUCGUUGUGUUGACUUCAGCUGACUUUGAACGGAGAGAGCUAACAAGCUAACAAGCUAACCUAGCGUUAGCCGGUAGCGAUGUCGGAGCAAAGAGAAAACGUAGAAGAGGAGGAGGAGGAGGAGGAGGAUGAGACAAACCUACAACCAGGCGGAGACACUGCUGAGCAGCCGCCAGAGGGCGACAGAGAGCCGGGGAGAGAUGGAGACGAGGAGCAGGCUGACAGGUCGACCACAGAUGUUCUGGAGACCGCAGAAGAAGCUGAAACUCAGGCUGAUCUGCCCGACGACACCGAGCAGCUCGGAGAGCCUCAGAGGAGAGACCAUGUUGGAGACUCCACGGCUACAGUGAAGGUGGUGCUGGUUCCGGGCGGUCAUGUGAUGACGGUGGCCUUCGCCAUCGGUCUCAGCGUCCAGGAGCUGAAGCUUCACCUCGCCGCGGAGCUCAGGGUCCCUGCAGAGGUGCUGCAGAUCUCUCUGGACGGCAGGGUGGUGGAGCAGCAGCGGAGUCUGAUGGAGCUCGGCGUGCGGCCUCAAGGCUCCACCCGAAUGGAGAUGAGCUCCAGCGACCCGACCGCCUACCCGCUCCGCCCGCUGCGCCCCCCGGACCACGACAACAUGCCGGACGUCAUCACCGUCCGAGUGCAGACGGAUGAGGGCGUGUUCCAGGAGGUGGUGGUGGAGAUUGAGCGCCCCCCCCAGCAGAAGGCCUUCCUGGGCGGCUACAGACACCGGCUGACAGGGGCGGAGUACCACCACGCCGCCAUCCAGACCUUAACCAAGAGGAGACCCCACAGAGGAGGGGCGGUCUUCAGCCGCGACACACAGACGGUAGACCUGAGGUCUCAGGUCCAGCAGUGUCCGGUGGACGUCGCCACCCAGAUGACCGCGACCGGCUGCUACGUCUCCUCUAUGAACGACAAGCUGGUCGCUGCACGCGGCGGCUACAUCACCGCCGACGAGCAUCACGACACGAGGCUGAGAGCUGUGAUCCGUCUGCAGUCGUUCACUCGUCGCUGGCUGGCCCGGCAGGCGGUGGACCGGCUGCGGAGGGACCGGGCCCGGCGGCUGGCCUGGCAGGAGCUGCAGGAGAGGAGGAGGAGGGAGGAGAAGGAGGAGCAGCUGAGAAACCAACGCCACCGCUGGUUGAACCCGCAGAGGAGGGAGGACUUCAACCUGCUGUACCGCGCUCUAGAGACGUGGAGGCUCGAGGAGGAGCAGCGGAUCAACUCGUCCCUGCGAGGAGCUGAGAGGAAGGUCGCUCUCUGCGCGCUGCUGGAGAAGGAGACGCAGCUCAUCGCCGACAUCGGACGCCAUCGCAUCGCCGCCCACAACGACAACUACGAGCAAACCGUCGGGAACUUCCUGGACAAGUCUGCGGCUCCUCAUCGGUGGCGAGCGGCAGACGGUCGGCCGCUCGAGAUGGACACUCAACACACCAUCAGAGCCAGAGAGCUGAGAGAGCUGUACAACAACAUCAGCCGGUCCUCUGUGAGCCAGGAGCAGAGACUCCACGUCAUCCUGACACUCAAACACACCGUCAAGGAGCAUGAGUGUCAGCUGACCCGGGACGUCGUGGAUUUGAUUGACAGGGAGAUGGACCUGAUGACUCGGGGGGUUAAGGCAGUCAGUCUGGAGGGGCUGAGGAAGAGGAUCUCCACUCUGUUCCUCCAGUACAUCAAAACACCAGCGUUCAACCCUGAGGUGGCCAAGCUGCUGAAGGUUCCCCAGAAUCCCUCUCAGCUGAAGAACAUCAUGUUCCUCUGCCGCGGCUGUCAUCGCUACCUGCUCUCCUCCGACUUCAGGCCGUCCGCCAGCGACUGUCUGAACGGUCGGUGCUGCAGCUGCACCGAACUCGACAACAUAGCGAGAUCCCGGGAGGACUUCUCCCGCUACAAGGACAUCCUGAGGAGGCUGAGAGCCGACGAGCAGCGGCUCAACGGGGAGGCCAAGAUUCCCUUCCUGUUGCAGGUGGACGACUUGCGGUACCUGGUUGAGGUGGUCUGGGCGUCCCACUCGGCCCUCCACGCCAGCAGCGACCUCUACAACCUGGUGUUUGUCCGCUGGGAGCGCCGGACGGACUGGAGCCCCUGGAACUGCAUCCUGCUGUCCAAAGAAGAGACUUCAGCUCACCUGGAGGUGGAAGACGUCCACAAGGCGUACGAGGCCACGUUCAUCCUCUGGAUCGAACACAAACACAGGCUGGCUCGGCGCCACUUCAGCCAGAUCCCCGUCAUGGCAGAGCACCUGGACCCUCGGCCGUCGACGGGCAAGCGCACCAUCGACAGCCUGCCGGCCUCAGCUCGUUGAGAAGCACCCCGAGGUUUCCCUCUCUCCCGUCACCCGUUUACUCCCUCGCUCGUAUUGUCUGUCAGUUUCAAAAAGGUCUUUUGUUGUCCAAAAUCUAAAAUAAAGUUCAUGAUGGUUUUAUUCCUGG